CUGCGUGUACGCCCCGCUGCUGAGAGCGAGUGGCUUACAUGCGGUGCGGGCAGCCGUGUGUCUGCAUGUGGGAAGUACGCAGACCUCUGCCGCCAGCGUACCGCAAGAACAGCAGCAACAACGACAACCAUUGCUACUACCACUACUGUUAAUGCUGGACAACCAAAGGCAGUGAUGGCUCUUUAUGGAGAAGAUUUUCCUUAUGUUCUAGGUGGCUUUGGAGGAUACAAUCGCAAAACUGUUUCACGUUCUGCAACUGGAUGCAGGGGCUCACCUGAACGUGGUGACAUUACGCAUACAGUACCCGACCAUGGCCUUGAAGCUAAAGUUAGAACUAAUGUGUCAAUUUAUCUCGAUGAAAAGGCUGCUUAUCCAUCUCCUGAGGUUAAGAGUACUGAGGAAGCAGUGUCUCUUGGUCAAGGUGCUGCUGGAGCGGAACUGCUGGGUACACCUCAAGUUGAUUCGCAUGUGGAGGUGGGAGGGUCUGAAAGUGAAAGGAAGGGGAGUGCACCAGAAGGAUCUCCCCCAUCCCCUGAUGUUCCCGAACACGAACCAGAUAAUGGUGCGAUUGCAACGCCAAACCAAACUCAUGGGUCUAAUGCGCUACCACGAGGUGAUCAGAAAGUUGUGAAUCUUGGACAACAACAACCACAAAUCACUUCUUCGCUUGUCCAAGAGGAUGGCACCCAACAUGGAAGUGGUGCCGUCAGUUCAUCGGUUAUUUCUGCCCCUCAAGUGGAGAGGAGUACCUCUACUAAUGGAGGUGGUCAUAGUGCUGGAGAACACACAGAAACUCAGCAGUCUAAUCCACUUACACAAGGUAACCCAGAAUCAUCAAAUAACACAGGGGAUAAAACUGUACCUGGCGAUAAUAAUACUACACAGCAAUCAUCUACUCCAGUUGUUGAUACGCCUGCCGCAACGGAGUUACGAGAAACCAAUUCCACUACUCCGCCGAGCACCGAGAACACUACCACAGAAGCACCAACCACAACUCCAUCUCCUGUUCCUGCACCUAACGCAGAGAUCAGCAGCACUCUUACAGAAGCGCCAUCUACAAACAGUACCAUUCCAUCUCUUGUACCCAACGCAGAGAUCAGCAAUAUUACUUCCACUGUACUGAAGACCAAGGCUAAUGUUGACAGCAGUAUCGGUCCUGUGUGGAUGCGCACUGCAGCACCGCUGCUGAUUGUGGCUGUGUUGUUCUCCGUUACCGUGUACUGA